AUGCCUCUCCAGGUGCGGCUCCCUGUGGCGCUCUUCGUGCUUCCCUUCCUGGGAGAGAUGGCGAGGGGUUGGGCCCCAGAGGCCCGCAUCGUGGGGGGCGCGGCGGCGGCCCCCCGGCAGUGGCCCUGGCAGGUGAGCCUGCGGGAGGAGGGCGAGCACGUCUGUGGAGGCAGCCUCAUCACCAGCCAGUGGGUGCUGACCGCCGCCCACUGUGUGUCCAGCUCCACGGACCUGAGCCAGCUGCGAGUCCAGCUGGGGGAGUCCGCCCUGUACACCCAGCCCCCGGGCUCUGUCUCCAUGGCCGUUGCCAGCGUGGUGCAGCACCCCUCUUACGAGGACGCCCUCUUGGGCAAGGACGUCGCCCUGCUGAAGCUGGCGCACCCCGUGACCUUCUCCCGCACCAUCAAGCCUGUCCUGCUGGCCAAGCCGGGCUCCCACCUCCAGCCGGGCACCCGCUGCUGGGUCACCGGCUGGGGGGACGUCAGGGAGAGAGAGGCCCUGCCCCAGCCCUACAAGCUGCAGGAGGUGGACGUGCGCGUUGUGAGCCUGCCGCGCUGCCGCGAGCUCUACCGCCCCGAGCACAUCACCGAGGACAUGCUGUGCGCCGGCCUCUCCAGGCGCCCCAAGGGCUUCUGCGAGGGUGACUCCGGGGGCCCCCUGGUCUGCCAGCUAAAGGACAAGAACUGGGUGCAGGUGGCCGUGGUCAGCUUCAGCAGGGGCUGUGCCGAGCGCCAUCUCCCCGGGGUGUACACCAAGGUCUCCACCUACCUGCCCUGGAUCCAGAGCCAUCUGGGACGGCGCGUCCGCCAGGGCUGACCGCCCGGGGCUCAGAGACG